AUGGCAGAAAGUCCGACCAGCCACGAAAAUAUGCGGUGUGCAAAAGACUUGGAUAAACUUGGUGAACUAAAGACGCCUCCGAGGCCAAAGAAAUGGUUUCAAAAACAAUUUGGCUUUCGCAAAAAAGCAAUGCAAAUAGAUUUUGUGGUGAGCCCACAGCGAGCGAAUACCACAUCAUUGCGUCGAUCGAGCUCGUUACCAGAUCUCGCUUCCAUGCUGGACGCCGCUAGCUUAGAGAAACAUGGUGUCUGUGUGACGUGGACGCCUGGUCCACUGAAGACGGCAAAAUCAAGGAAAAGGUCAAGAAUUACUGGCUCGGAUUCCACUGAUUAUUUAGCAUAGUGACUGGAAACAUGUUAACGAAGCAUACCGCAAAGGAAAUAGCCCCUGCCUAGCUGUACUGAAUGAAGAACUAGGCAGACCGAGGGUGGUAUUAUCCAUCCAGGUAAAAAGCCACCAAAGGCUACGGUUGUUAGGGUAAUUUCCGCAUGAAAACUCUCUCCUCUACAAAAGGCCAUUUUGUGUCAUAGGGAACCUGGGGAGAGGAAAAAGCGCACAGCGGACGAUGGGAAGGGAAAAGAGAAGAAGAGAGCCCUCUUCCCAUCGUACACCGUGCGCUCACGUUUCUUUUUAACUACUGCUAAUAAAUUCUUAUCAGAAUACACAGCAGGAGCCUCCGCGGAGGGGAGAAGCAUUAAAAUGCGUAGCUCAGUCAGUAUAUAGACUGCGAGCAGUCCCUCUUCGGUCAGUCACGUCUAAGCUCGGCAGGACUGGAGAGAGCGAAUUGACCGAGAGGGGAACUGGAGAGAGGCUUUCGCUCGCUUCGCACUCGCGCUUUCCUCGCUCGCGUGAAUUCGCUCUCUCCAGUCCUGCCGAGCUUAGACGUGACUGACCGAAGAGGGACUGCUCGCAGUCUAGUCAGUAUAGCGAUGGCAGAUAUGUAAUUAAUGCUAUUAACAAUGUGCGUUAAAUUUUCAGUUGCUCAUGAAUAUAUUUUUCCAGUCUUCGACACAUGUGUUUUAUAACAGUAAAUGUAGUAAAUGUGACCUCCCUGGGGUAUUGUUUGCAAUAUUGUUUAUUGUUGAAACAGUGGCUCUUCUGUCCGCUAGUUUGUUGAUUACUUGGCAGUUUCAAUAAUUAUUAGACUUAUUACCUACAGCAGGUCACUCUAUUGUCUGCUUUCAUUGAAGACACCACUAAAUGCUCGCCUCUAUGACUUUUUUUUCGCAUUUCCCGCUAGAACGAACGACUUCCCGAAUUCCCGACAGACAGGCAAACAAAUCCCGCGCGCUUCCCGAGCCCAAAUUUUGGUGAAUCCCGCUUCUCGGAAAGCAGUUAAAUCCCGUUUCCCGUCAAGAUAUUUUGCGUCUUCCCGAAUCCCGCACCGUAUUUUGGUCAAAUCUUGGAUCCCGAAAAUACCCUUCCAUACCCUGGCCAAACUACAGCACUCACCCGCUAAUCCCGCCAGCUACGCAGGUUACAUCAGGCUGUCGCGUCUCUGUUCGCGUACCGCUCGCGCGUCCCUUUCCUUACUUGUUCGUCUAUAGGUCCCCUGUAGUGUUGUCAGAAUAAUGAACCAAUUGUAAAAUUAAUACCGUAUGUUAUAAAUGAUUAAGCCGUUUCUCACGAGUCUCUCAUACCAAACAGCAGACAGGAGCAGCCCGCAAGUCAGUGUCGUCAGUGUAUACCGCGGUACGUUUUUCUAAUUUUUUUGCUAGAAUUUUCGAUAGAGUCGUAUAACAAGUAAUUACUCAGGACUAUGCCCAAAUUGCUAGCUACAUAGUAAAGUAGUUUGAUUUCCGUCAAACUAAAUAAUUUUGGAACAAAUUGAAAAUACAGGAUACAUUCCACAUGUCACUCCGUUGUAUCCAGGACAGAUUAAAUGAAAUCCGUUUGCGUCUAGAAACGCAACCACAGGACUUGCCUUUAAUUCCAGUUUAAUUCUAGUCUGCGACCAAGAGCUUGCUUACAGGCUAGCUUAAUUCGCGUUCAUUCCACACUCAUUUGCGCGGCUUCCUUGCUUGCAAGCCAGAUGUGUGGACUUCGACUGCUUACAGGGCACAUAUCCUCGGUGUAAAAGCCUCACGACUGAGCUGUAUAACAUAAAGGUUACCGAUGGUGUUUCGGUAGGCUAAUGAAUCAUAUAGAUUGAUUGAUCUGGGAUCGGUAGAUCGCUGGAUCAGGCUGUGGAUCGAUGAAUAGGAGAAUCUGGAGACCGAUGGAUCUAUGGAUCGUUGGAUCCAUUAAUCGAUGGAUCUAUGGAUCGAUGGAUCGCUAAAUCGAUGAAUCAGUAGAUCGGUGGAUCUGUGGAUCGAUAGAUCUGUCGAUCGUUGGAUAGCUAGAUCGAUGGAUCUGUGGAUUGGUGGAUCGCUAGAUCGAUGGAUCGUCUGAUCACUAGAUUGAUGGAUCUGCGGAUCGUUGGAUCGCUGGAUCCCUUUAAUGAUGGAUUGCUGUAUCUUUGGAUCGCUAGAUCGAUGGAUCGUAGGAUGAACGCUUGUCGCAAAAUACUGUUUCUCGAAUACAUAGAAACUUAAAAACAGAUUUGAAGGUAAUUUAUUGGUUGAUAUCAAAAUACUUGAAGCAUGACGACCGUUGUUUGUAUUUCACAAAAGAUAAUUUUGUUUUCAGUCAAUAUCGCAUAAGCCUGGUAAUGGAUAGGCCUCAUUUCCAAAACAAAGAGCAUAAAGCUUAUGAUAUCUUUAUGGAGAAACAAACACGCUUCCAGCCUUGUUACGAAUACGUCUUUUUGGGGUUAAGGAAUAACUGUACAUAUAGUCGCUGUUUUCAAAACAGCACACAGUUGUCGGUUCGGAACGUUUUGUUCGGCGAUUGAAGUUUUUGAAUUGCAUUUUUCUGAAAGGUAAGAUGCUCUACAAUCCCAAAUAUUUCGUUCGUUUUGGCCAGGUUCUAGUCAGUUAGAGUAUGGUCCCAAAAGAAGGCAUAUAGUUCUACGCAUACAAAAAAAUACUGUAUGUGCCAUGUUUCAGAAGUGCUCGUUUAAGUUAGGACGUACUUUUUAUUUAAUGAAACAUCGACGCCGCUGUCAACAGAUCGGUUUUGCCAGGUGCAAUUUUAAUUGGAUUCAAGAAUUUGGGAACAUCUUUUUCAUUGUUCCCAGCUUGUUUCGUCCUGUCGGCCCCAUCAGCCUAUGUAUCUCUCUUAUUUUGACUCUUAAACUUGAAAAUCGCGCAAGAUUUCUGUCUUAGGAGUCUUCUUGCUGAGAUAACUGAUGGUAAUUAUAAAUUGUGAGGAAUUAGUUUCUUUUAGUGGCAACAAAAGCGGCCUUUAUGGCUUAUCCACAUAUGCAAAUUUUUCACUUUUUUCACAAUGUAAGACGCGUGUUGUCCAAUUAACUUUUGUGUACACAGACCUUACUUCAAUUUGGCGGUGGGCUGAUAAAACUUGCAAUUCAAAUAUCUUUACUCGCUUGUUGAAAUCCGAGGUAAGCUUUUUACUUUACAUGUUUUGUUUAUUCUUUUAUCGGCUUUAAAAGAGGCAAACUUGGUUUAUCAUAAGGUGUUAGCCUUAACCCUUAGGGCUUAUUACUUAAAAAUAAUUUUGUUUUUCUUAUUUCGCAUAAUAGAACGUUUUCGUCUCUCCGUCUUCCAGCGCCUGUCGAAAGAAAUUUACCAUACUAAUGAGUUACUGAUUCCUUUUACAUUUUGUCAGUGUGGGAAUACCUUGAUCAAAGUUUGUUCUGUUAAGUGAGCACCGGUUACCGCCUACAAAUGUUUUGCCCCCGGGUAGCCCAUCAAGAACCUCAGCAGGGAAACCAUAACAACUCAACAUGUUACGAAAAUACCUUUCUCUUUGAUAUUUUACGUGUGUGAAUAAUUAUUUAAUUGCUACCAUAUUGACCCAUAUUGAUAGGGAGAGGCCGAUCUGAAAUCCGAACCAAGUUAUUUGUUAGUGACUCUGAACUCGCCAAUCGAGCGUUAAAAUUCACUUUUUUACCUAUAAAAUUUAACCUGAAUACACUGUACAUGUACCAAAAAUUUAUGCAGCAACCAUUAUCUGGCCUUUGAUGGUUUGGUAUUUAACACACGAAAUAUUGUACAGGCAUAGUAAGUGGGGACCGCUUACCGUGUCGGAUAAGCGAGUAAACCAUAUUACAACCCUUAACAUCACGUAUUUUGCGAUGUAAAAUUUUGAUGGGAGGGAAAAUUGAAAAAACAGUGUAAUCCUCAGCCACGGAGCCACCAUGUUAACUCUUGAAGUCUUUUGAAGUGACCAACAUCAAUAUUCUCCUAACAAUAUCGAAAUAUAAUCACGAGAAAUGCUUCGAGAAUAAAAAGUGAUCACCAAAGGGAAAAUGCUUUGCUCUUCUAUCAAAUUCGCUCGGCAAAUUCGUUAAAAGAAUGUAUGGAGGUCGGUAGGCUGAUUUAGCAACAGACCGGGAACGUCAGUUGACGACGGCGCACGCAAAUCAAACAGCUGGCCUAACCAAUGGCAGAGCGACAAAUUGGGCACCGGAAGUACAUACGACCGCCAGUCGUUAUAACCAUUACAACCAUUUGAUUGUAGUUUGGCCCUAACAAAAUACCAGUCAUAACUUCAUUUAAUUUGUUUAUGAUAAACCUUAUUCACUAUACCCGUCAUCUUAACAUGCGCUUUAGGAUCGAUAGAAUAAAAGAUAUGGUAGUGGAUGUCGAUCUCUCCGGCGCGCUUAUUCUUUCUUUUACAGUUUUUUAAAUAAAUACUACUCCGUUGCACCAAGUAAAGGCUUUUGUUCAUGAUUUAGAUAAAAAUAAUCUCUUGCUUUUCCCUUUAAGAUAAAAAUGAGUGCAAAAAAGAACAAACCCCCGAAAUUGGAUUUACAGUCAGAGGACUUAAAGAGAGAUGAAAUGGCAGAAAAACAAAAGAACAACUCAAACGUACCGUCUGUGAAAGACAUGGACAAGCUUGGCAACUUAAAGCCGCCUCUUAGCCCUCUCACAAAGAAGUGGUUUCGUAAACAGUUUGGUAUUCGCAAAGACAUUAAACAGCUUGAGGUUGGAGGAAAUGUGAAGAGCCUGGGUACCACAUCAUUUCAAAAUAGCCACCGUCGGUCAAGUUCGUUACCAGAUCUCGCUUCCAUGUUGGACGCCGCAAGCCUGAAGAAGCAUGGGUCUUUUAUUUCACGGACAAGACCCGGCUCGGUGAGACUGGGUGCAACAGGGAAAGAACCGAUCUUAUCACAGUAAAAAGAAAGAAGUAGAUAUGGAUUAUGUGAUUCGGUUUGACUGUGAUUGAUCGAAUUAGUUGUGAGGGAAGGAAGCUAUUGAACUUACACAGGCUACUCAGUACACAUGUUGAACUUGGGAUGCCUGUGUGCCAUGUGCAGAUACAAAUUAAAAUAUGCAGAGGGCAUGUCAUACCAUACUUUCUUUGCAUAAAUAUACCAAACUUUACGAUACUCAUUAAGUCCAAGAAAAUGAUACAAUUUAUGCUUGCAUUGAGACAGU